GGAGGAGGUGGUUUGCCAGACCCUACUGUAGCGGUUACCGGGUGCUUGUGCGACGUCGGAAGUUAGCCGUCGGUUCCUGCUUCUCAGAGAUUUCUGGAAUUUUGACAUCCGUUAGGAGUAACAGGUUCACUGUGCACAGUAAUCAUGGCAGAAGCCCACCAAGCCGUCGCUUUUCAAUUCACCGUUACCCCAGAUGGCAUUGAUCUGCAGCUGUCCCACCAGGCCCUCACUGAGAUCUACCUCUCUGGCAUGCGUUCAUGGAAGAAGCGUAUCGUCAGAAUUAAGAACAGUGUGAUAACAGGAGUGUAUCCUGCUAGUCCGUCAUCCUGGCUGUUUGUGGUCAUCGCAAUCCUGGCUACUAUGUACACUCGCUCAGACCCUUCAAUGGGACUCAUAGCCAAGAUACAGGAGCACCUGCCAGUCAGCCAGUCGAUGAGUACGCAGUGCCAGGCAGUGGUGUCAGCAGUGCUCUUCAGCACCAUGCUUUGGCUAAUGCUCAUCUUCACUAUGCGCCUGUGCCUCAAGCAGCUCCUCUCCUACCACCGCUGGAUGUUCGAGCAGCAUGGCAAGAUGUCCACCACCACCAAAAUCUGGGUGGCGCUGGUGCGCAUCUUUUCUGGCAGAAAGCCGCUGCUCUACAGCUAUCAGGGUUCGCUGCCAAAUCUCCCUGUGCCCACCAUCAAGGACACAGUCAAGAGGUACUUGGAAUCAGUGCGUCCACUGAUGGAUGAUAAAGAGUAUGAACGCAUGACCAAGCUGGCCGCAGAGUUUGAGAGCAGCCUUGGUAACCGCCUGCAGUGGUACCUCAAACUCAAAGCUCUCUGGGCUUCAAACUAUGUCAGUGACUGGUGGGAGGAAUAUGUCUACCUCCGGGGUCGAAGCCCAAUCAUGGUCAACAGUAACUACUAUGGCAUGGACUUCUUGUAUGUGACUCCAACUCCCAUCCAGGCAGCCAGGGCCGGCAACAGCAUCCAUUCAUUCUUCCUUUACCGCCGCAAACUCAACAAAGAAGAGCUCAAACCUAGUCGUAUACCAGGCACUGUCAUUCCUCUGUGUGCUGCUCAGUGUGAGAGGAUAUUCAACACCACACGCAUUCCUGGAGAGGAGACGGAUACCGUCCAGCAUUGGCAGGACAGCGACUACAUUGUGGUUUACCACAGAGGGCGCUACUUUCGUCUCAGGGUGUACCAGGCAGGCAGACUUCUGUCUCCGAGGGAGAUUGAAUUCCAGAUUCAGAGGAUCCUAGAUGACCCUUCACCUCCUUCCAAAGGGGAGGCCAAACUUGGGGCCCUGACUGCUGGAGACAGAAUUCCCUGGGCUAAGGCCAGGACCAAGUAUUUCAGCAGCGGGAUCAAUAAACGCUCUUUGGAUUGCAUCGAGAAGGCCGCGUUCUUUGUGACCCUAGAUGACGAAGAGCAGGGCAUGAUGGGAGAUGACCCAGCAGCCAGUUUAGACCGCUACGCCAAAUCUCUGUUGCACGGGAAAUGUUAUGACAGGUGGUUUGACAAGUCCUUCACAGUUGUUUACUACAAGAACGGGAAAAAUGGCAUCAAUGCAGAGCACUCCUGGGCUGAUGCGCCGGUGCUGGCACACGUGUGGGAGUACACUCUGGCCAAUGACAGCUUCCAGCUCGGUUACAACGCAGAAGGUCACUGUAAAGGAGACGUGGAUCCAUCCCUGCCCCGACCAGUGAAGCUCAGCUGGGAAAUCCCUCCAGAAUGUGAAGAGCAGAUCGCUCAGUCUCUGGCUGUGGCCCAGGCGCUGGCUGAUGAUGUGGACUUCCAUGUUUUCUCCUUCCAAGAAUUUGGCAAAGGAAAAGUCAAGAAGUGUCGAGUCAGUCCAGACGGCUUCAUUCAGAUGGCUCUUCAAUUGGCCUACUUCAGGGAACGGGGGACUUUCUGUUUGACAUAUGAAGCCUCCAUGACCCGUCUGUUCAGGGAGGGCAGGACUGAGACUGUUCGCUCCUGCACCAACGAGUCUAGCGCCUUCAUCUGGGCGCUGGAGGGCGGAGAGGCAGCAGACGUGUGCAAACAUUUGUUCCGAGUUGCCUCAGAAAAGCACCAGCUACUUUACCGCUUGGCUAUGACUGGAGCCGGCAUUGACAGACAUCUGUUCUGCCUCUACGUGGUGUCCAAAUACCUCGGAGUGGAGUCUCCUUUCCUCAAAGAGGUUCUGUCUGAGCCAUGGAGGCUGUCCACAAGUCAGACUCCCAUCCAGCAGGUGGAGCUGUUUGACAUAGAUAACCACCCGGAGUAUGUCUCCUGUGGAGGAGGCUUUGGACCGGUGGCCGAUGAUGGAUAUGGGGUGUCCUACUGCGUUUUGGGAGAGAACAUGAUUAACUUCCACAUCUCGUGCAAACACUCAUGUCCAGACACUGACGCUCAUAAGUUUGGUGAUCAGAUCAGACAAGCCCUCCGUGAUCUGCUAAAGCUGCUGAGCCCAAGCCAAACAGAGGCCAGCAAAACGGAAGAGAGCCAACCCAAGGUCAAGAAAGAACAGUAGAUAUUCAAAUCAGAAGAUAUGAUGCCGAAGGGAACAUGUGCAGGCAUUACAAUAUGAAGUGAAGAAAGGCGGGUUUUUAUUCUUAAUUUAGUCUGAGACAUUUAUAGCCAGGUAGAUGAUAUUCGGGAGACAGCUCCACUGGAAAAUGAUAACAACGGAGGUGAUGUUUUUACUGAUAUGCAUAUGUUUGUGCGUUUAUAUUAGCUGUGCGAUGGGUGCAUGGAGCAAGAAAGGGUCCGCAGAGUUUGGUUUUAACAGUGAAACAAGUUGAAAUGUGCACGUGUAAAUGAAAAGUACAGUGGGGCCAGAACACAUCGGACAUCUCAGUGUUAGGAUGGAAGAUCCUAACUUCACCUUAUUGCAGGGAGUAAAUGAAUGCAAAUUUAUGCAGUGUGUUUUCGACACAAGUAAAGAUAAAACUCUCCUCUGUUGUUGGAUCUGUUUGGGAAAACGCUGUGGGAUGUUACUGUGAAUUUUGGAGUAUUAGCAUGGGGAGAAAACAUGAUGGACUGUUGAGGUGACUUCAUUUUCUACCAUCUGAAUGCAAAACUGCUGUAACGAUGACACCAGGUAUUUUGAAAUCAUGGAAGUCUGUGACUUCUCAGUGUUUACUUGAUGUGUAUAAAUUGCUUUUUACAUACACAACUGUAAUGCUGUACUUAAAGCACCAGGCUGGUUGUACAUGUAGUGAAGAUACAUGGCUAUUUUAAAUUCAUUAAAUAUAUUCAGUGCCAUAUUUUAUUUUUUUUUCUUGGAGGCUUAGUUUGUAUUCACCAAGUUAGCAGACAUACAAUCUACUUAUUCAACUGCUAUAAAUGUAUUUUAUAUUUUUACUUUAUUGUUACCACUGUUUAAAAGCACUAUAACAAUGCAAGUUGUAUUUAUGAACAUGUUGUGCAAUUAUUCAGUCCCACGCAGCGCUGCAGGUCAGACCUGGAUUAGAUGUAAAGUGUACCUGUGACACAGAUUGAUGUUUUUCUCCACUUACUGCUGCCUUCUUUGGUUUUUACUCCAGAUCAGCUUCUCUUAUUAUGUUGUUCUCGUGAGCCUUUUUAAUGCAAUAUUACAAGGGGAAAUAAAGAUAUUCUUAAA